CACACUCACAGUCGGUAUUAUCUUCAGCACAGACCAAGAAAAAAACGUUCCAUGUAGUGUCAUUAUGAACAGACUGUGUGUUUUUAUUAAUUUAUAGCAGACCCAAAUGUUUUUGUGAAAAUCAUAACUACGACAAUAAUGUGUGCCGAACCUUUUAUACAUGACUAAAUUUUUGGCGUCUUUGAGUCACCACGGCUCGUCACAAAGCCUCCGUGAAGAGGGCUAGUGAUGGAGGUCGGCGCGCGUGCUUUGGAUGUAUUACCCCUGCUGCAAGAGAGGGUUGCUUCACUCACGGGUGGCCGGGACCGACGCGGCGGACCUAUCAUAUGGUUUCCCGCAAAUUCAAGACGCGAUCGCGUCACACCAGAUGACUAUCGGCGCUUGUUACAUUACCUUAUUAGUAUACCUAGUGAAACAGUGAGAUCCCAUGGCUUUAUUAUUUUAAUUGAUAUGAGAGGUUCAGCAUGGGCAGCAAUAAAACCUAUACUAAAAGUAUUGCAAGAGCACUUCUCCUCAUCCGUCCAUCAGGCACUUGUAGUGAAGCCUGACAAUUUCUGGCAAAAGCAACGCACAACAAUAGGAGCACAUAAAUAUAAGUUUGAGACUACUAUGAUUAGCUUAGAAGCACUGCCCAAAGUCAUAGAUAGUACUCAACUCACACCAGAUUUAGAUGGUACCUUACAAUAUGAUCAUGCCCAAUGGAUUGAUCUGCGAUUGGCUUUAGAAGAGUUGAUGUGGCAAGCGGGGGAAUUGCUAGAUCGAUUAGAUGAUUUGCAAGAGGAUGUGGCUCGUGCUGACUUCGCGGAUGACGUCACGGGCGCAAGGAGGGCUAUAGAUGCACAUGCAGACAUCAACAAGAGACUUGCCAAAGUGCCUGUAGAUGAGCUAGAAGCUCAGGGCGAACGCGUAGUCCAGCGGCUUGAGUCGGCCGCAGCGGCAUGCGCAGAAGCCAGUGGCGGUGGAGCCACGGAAGCCGCGUUCCACUGUGGCUCGCCGGCCGCCUUGCGCGCCCAGCUCUCGGCCGUAAGAUCGGCCCACGCCCACGCCCACAAACUGUGGCAACACAAGAAAAUGCAGCUCGACCAGUGCUUUCAGCUCCGGCUAUUUGAACAGGAUUGCGAAAAGAUGCUGGAAUGGAUCGUUAAUCAUCGCACGGCAUUCCUGGCAACUUACGUAGAGAUUGGUCGCUCGUGCUCCGCAGCUAAGCGCCUACAGGAAGAACAUGCCAGGUUUGCGGCCGCGUGUACGGGCGGUGGAAGGCCGAGCGUCGCUCGCGUCACUGCCGCUGCUCGCAGGCUUGCGGACAAAAGACAUUACGCGGAACCACAAAUAACAGCACUUGCGCAUCGACUUGAACGCGCCUACAAACAGCUAUCUGCAGGUUUGGAGGAACGUUCAGCAGUGCUAUCGCUAUCGGUCGUGUUCCACCACAAGGCGGAAGCUUACGCGAGCGCUGUAGGUGGAUGGGGCGCUCAGUGUGCCGUCGCCCUCCAAUUGGCAACGGGUGGGCCAGGGGCGCCCCCCUGCGCCGACCCUCGAGCUCUCGAACAACAUGCGCAAAGACACCGGCAACUUUACGAGCACAUGUGUCAAGCUUACACUGAGGUUCAUUCAACAAGUAAAAAACUGCUGUACCAACUUGACCAUUUAGUGCAAGUUUGUCAUCAGACAGAUCCGGCAGACAUGAAUGAAGGCUCUGUGAGUUCCGCGGGAGGCAGUGGUGGCGAUCCGGCAGCAGACUACAGCUCGGGAGCAAAUCACGUGCUAGCAGUCAUCCAUCAGAUCCUAGGCCAUCACAGAGCACUCGAGUCGCGCUAUCACCAGGCGAGACUUAAACUGCACCAAAGACUCGCGCUUCUGCUUUAUAAGGAAGACUGUAGGCAGGUGCUAGAUUGGCUAGGCAAUCACGGCGAGAAAUUCUUAAUGAAAAACACUGGAAUUGGCAAGAAUCUCCACAAGGCUAGGACCUAUCAGAAAUCUCAUGAACAUUUCGAAAAUGUUGCACAGAACACAUACACAAAUGCUGAAAAGCUUCUGGCGGCAGCGGAAGAGCUUGCAAGGUCUGGCGAGUGCGAUGCCGAAGAAGUACUAGGCGUGGCGCGGGAACUAGAAGCUCACGUUGCGGCGUUCGCGGCAAGGGGCGACCGACGAAGAAGACGGCUAGAUUUGGCUGUCCUACUCUACACACACGAAAAAGAGUUGCUACAAUGGCUGGAGACGUUACGGAGUGGCGGCGGCGGUACUGCGGGCGUCACUGACGAAAGCCCCGAAGCGGCGCGGCGCGCGCUCGAACAGUGCGCGCAACAUCGCGCCGCCUCGCUCGACGCCUGCGCUGCCACCAUCGCCCACGGCGAAGCAUUGCUGCAGGACUUAAGGUCAUCCGGAGAAACGGAGGCAGCAAGUACAACGGCGGUGGAGUCGACGUUAGAGCGGUUGCGUGGGACUCGGAGUGCGCUCGAAGAACUUUGGUCGGACCGAGAGCGACGGCUCGAACUCACCCUGCAACUCCGCCAUUUUGAAAGGGAUGCGCUUGAGGUAUCAUCACGGCUCGAAUUAUGGGGUGAUGAACUACAACGUACAGAGCCACCGCGCGACCCUCAACAAGCGGAACAAGCCCUCGCUGCUCAUAAUGAGAGCGUGGCUAGGAUGCAGCAUGCCACUUUCCAGGUGGUACAACAAGGUCAAGAAUUGGCGGCGGCAAUUGCGGAAGCCUCCGAUGUCAUGGCUUCAAGUGCGGACAGUUCGGAGGGUGCACCAACGGACGCGCAGGCUCGUGUGCAGCUAUUACUCGAAUUCUUACACGACAGACAAUUGGAUUUGGAGGAAUUAGCCGAAGAGAGACGCGCACGUUUCGAACAGUGCGUUCAGCUCGGCCAGUUCCAAAAGGAUGCAGCACAAGUGGUCAGUUGGAUUAGAAAUGGUGAAGCUAUGUUAUCCGCCUCGUUCUCAAUCCCGGGAACAUUGCCCGAGGCAGAGCAGCUAAAGCGAGAGCACGACCAGUUUCAAGUAGCGGUGGAGAAGACACACGCGAGCGCCGUGCAAGUUAAAUACAGAGCAGAUGCUCUACGUGCCGCUAACCAUUAUGAUCCCCAUACCAUAAGAGAAAUAUCGGAGGAAGUGACCGAAAGGUGGCAACGACUAGUAACAUGCGCGGAAGAACGCCACAAAUUGGUGACGGCAUCCCUCAAUUUCUACAAGACCGCAGAGCAGGUGUGCUCGGUUCUUGAUUCCCUGGAGAGGGAGUACCGGCGCGACGAGGACUGGUGUGGAUCUACGACCGCACUUGUCAACGCCGCGUCAGCAUCAGUAUCGGUUGCAUCCUCCACUUCAAAUAUAUAUGCUUCUUCAUCUGCUGACUCCGAUGAGCAUACGCAGAAUUUGGAUAAAGCAUCUCAGGUUGCUGCUUUAAUAGUGAAGCACGGCGAACAGAAGGAGGCUUUCCUGAAAGCGUGUACGCUCGCUCGUCGCACCGCUGAAACGUUCCUCAAGUACGCUGCACGCUCAGCGCAAGUACACGGUCAGACGGCCGCAGCUAGCAAGGCGCAUCAUGAACAAACGCGAGCAAUUUUAGACACGCUGCUCGCACAAGAGAACAAGGUACUAGAGCACUGGACGGUACGCAAGAAGCGCUUAGAGCAGUGCCAGCAGUUUGCUCUAUUCGAGCGAUCUGCUCGCGCCGCUGUUGAGUGGAUUCGUGAAACGCAAGAGCGGUGCGGCGCAGCGGCAGCGGCCGCAGCCGGCGGGGUGGCGCGGGAGUCGAGAGAACGCGUGCGUCUGCUCGCGCAACUAGCGGACGGACUCGUGGAAAAGGGUCACCCACAUGCUGUGCAGAUCAAGGAAUGGGUGGCGGCAGUUGAUGCAAGAUAUGCAGAGUUCAGCGGUUCUAUGGAAGGCGGUGAAAGUGAGGCGGAAAGUGACUCCGGCGUCGCCGUGUCGCUCAGUUCAGUACAGACUAGCGAAGCGGAGCCGCGCGUGGAGGUCCCACCCGCCGCGCACGCUGACGAAAAGCGACGCAGUGCCCGACGCAAAGAAUUCAUAAUGGCGGAGUUGCUUCAGACGGAGCGCGCAUACGUUAAAGAUCUGGAGACCUGUAUCACAUGCUACUUGCGUGAGAUGCGUACGGAUCCCGCUGCUGUGCCCUCAGCACUUCAAGGAAAGGAGGAGUUAAUAUUCGGCAACAUUGAAGAGAUACACCGAUUCCACGAACGCGUAUUCCUACGCGAACUGGACAAGUAUGAGACUAUGCCGGAGGAUGUCGGUCAUUGUUUCGUGACCUGGGCGCGCGAGUUCGAUAUGUACGUCUCAUAUUGCCGAAACAAACCUGACAGCAAUGCAGCCGUCGUGCAAAAUGCAGGGGAUUAUUUUGACAGGGUACAACGUAAAAAGAAACUGGAGCAUCCUUUGGCAGCGUAUCUUAUAAAACCGGUGCAAAGGAUAACGAAAUAUCAACUAUUGUUAAAGGACCUACAAGCGUGCUGCGCAGAAGGGCAAGGAGAAAUCAAGGACGGUUUGGAAGUUAUGCUGUCAGUACCGAAGAAGGCGAAUGACGCAAUGCACCUAUCUAACUUGGAAGGCUGUGAUGUUCCAAUUGACAGUCUAGGGGAAGUGGUGCUCCAGGACUCAUUCCAAGUAUGGGACCUUCGGCAGAUUAUCAAGAAAUGUCGAGAGAGAAGAGUUUUCCUCUUUGAUCUGCAUCUACUCCUUGCAAAAGAGGUCAAGGAUACGCAUGGGAAAGCAAAAUACAUUUAUAAGACUAAAUUCAUGACCUCAGAGUUGGGUGUGACAGAGCACAUAGAGGGUGACGAGUGCAAGUUCUCGGUUUGGACGGGUCGGGAACCCAUGGCUAGCGACUGCCGCAUCGUAUUGAAGGCGCCUUCACUAGAUGUCAAACAAACAUGGGUGCGUCGCCUCAGGGAAGUCAUACAGGAAACGUACUUCAGCGGGGCUCUACAGCAGCCGCCUCGAAGUCCAGCGCGUGCCCGCCCUGCUAGUUCACAGCGGUCAAGCCGAGAUUUCGAAGACACGGACACAGAUAAUCUCGAUCGUAACUCUCUUGCAUCGUUUGGUAGUGGCAACACCACCGACUCUGAUAAGGCGGGAGCAGAUACGUGGGUUGUGGCAGAUCACGUGGCUACUGGCGCCGGUGAGGUCUCCGUGACUAAGGGACAGCAGGUGGAAGUACUGGAAGCGUGGUCCUCGCGCCCUGAAUGGUGGCUCGUUCGCGUGCCCGGGGAACCGCCGCUGGAGGGAGCCGUUCCUGCCACUGUGCUUAAACCACAACCCCAGCAGAAGACUUCGCCAUCUAGACGACCCCUCAGCCAGCCAUCCGAAGAAACUACAGAGGCGACGUCGGAGCCCGGAGUGAGUACGAGCGCCGCCAGCCCCGGCAAACAUAGGAAGGGAAUUAUUCCGCGGUGGAUUCCGCGCCCGAGCAAGUCGCAAAGCAAGGGCGAGAAGUCACCCGGAGGAGCUAAAUCUCCCGCAGCCGCUGAGAAACCUUCCUUGAAGAAGGUGCCAUCUGAAAAGAAACUUAAGCUCCCGUACGCCGAAACCGUGCGUCUUGAGGAUGGAGAGAAUAACGCUGUUGCUCUCGAUGACACUGAGGACGAUGCCGCAGAUCUCGAACUGCCACCGCCUAUGGAGCCUAUCCAGGACCCACAAGCAGUGCUACAGCAAGCGCCGAUCCCGGCAGCGACGGCUGCGGCUCCGGCCGCGCGGAACUCGUUGGCAAUGGACGCGCUGGAAACUAACGGUGGUCCCGCCGAUAUCGCCGAAAUAGAACAAAUUGUCAAGGAAAAAAUGGAGCAACACGGCGGGGGUGCAGUAGGCAUGGUGCGUGGUGCUGACGGUGCAGACGCUGAAGAUGAAGAAGCCGCCGCUGUUGUUGACGGUACCGAGGCCACUCUUAAGAAGCGCGAGUACGUCCUGAGGGAGCUCUACGAAACAGAAGAGGUUUACGUUUCUGACUUGCGCCUCGUCUGCGAGGGCUACAUGAAGUAUAUGAUGGAACCUAACACAGAACUCCCGAUUCCUGACGGCCUCCGAGAUCGGCGCCUGAGAAUGAUCUUCGGAAAUAUUGAAGCCAUCUACGAAUGGCAUCGCGAUAAAUUCGUACGCGAGUUGGAGGGUUGCAUCGAGUUGCCGGAGAAGCUGGGCCCCCUGUUUCGCGGCUUCCUCGAGAAGAAGAUCAACAUGUACGAGAUUUACUGCCGCAACAAGCCCGUAUCCGAAUACAUCGUGUCCGAGCACGAGAACUACUUCCACGAGUUGCGCCACAAGCUUGGCCACAAAUUGCAGCUCGGAGAUCUCUUGAUCAAGCCGAUUCAGCGCAUUCAAAAAUACCAUUUGCUGGUGAAGAAAAUACUGACUUACUCCGAGGCAGCCAACGCAGCUCCCCACGUGCUCGCAGCCCUGCGCGACGCUGUGCAAUGCACCUCCACCAUUCCUAAGAACGCCAACAACAUGAUGGAAGUCGGGCGUCUGAAAGGUUUCACGGGCAAUAUUGCCGCACAAGGGCAAUUCAUGUUCCAAGAGCCGCUGGUGGUAUCCGAUGCGAACUGCUCCAACGACAAGGGCAAGGAACUGCACGUGUUCCUCUUCCAGCAGUGCGUAAUCUUCGCUGAAGCCGUCGGCAAGAAGACUCAGUUCACCAGCCCCACUUACAACUAUAAGGCCCAUGUGCUGAUCAACAAAAUGGAACUGGAAGAAGUGGAGGGCACCAACAUGUUCAUCAUUCACACGGUUGACACCACUAAACCGUCUAAGCCAAGGCAGUCGUUCAUGUGCCGCGCCCCCGAGAUCCGUCGCAAGCAUUGGAUCACUACUCUGUCCACCAUCCUCAAGUCGCAACAGGAGUUUGGGGCGUUCCUGGAGAAUCCUAGCCUCAUUAAGCACCGUGAGGUUAACGCCACUGCCAUGGGUGAAGGGUGGUGCGGGCUCCGCAAGACCGAGAGCGUCCCUCCGUCUGUGGGCGGAAGGCUUGCCCCGGAGCUCCGGGGCCGCACACAGCGCCCUCAUGCCAAGGCCAACACAAUCAACCUGCCUUCCAGCGCUCGGGACGACUACAAGAAGGCCUCAGCCAACGGGUUGCCGAAGCGCGCCUGGGGACUCAAGUUGAGGCGCGGCGGCGGCAGCAGCGACGCGCCGCCAGAGCCCGAGGGCGUGGUGACGGAGCUGCGCGCGCCGGAGCUUGCCGAGCCCGCCGCCGACGUGACCGUGGCCGCCGGCGCGUCGGCCACGCUGGCGUGCCGCGCCACCGCCACGCGCGCCCACGCCUCCUGGCGCAAGACCGCGCCGGAGACGCACGCGUUGCGCCACGGGGGCCGGUUCGCCAUCCACUUCGCGCCCGACGGCCUCGCCACGCUGACCAUACACUCGUGUCGCGCGUCCGACGCCGGCGUCUACUGCUGCCUCAUCAGCAACGAGCUCGGCGGCGUGCAGAGCUCUGCGCGGCUGACGGUGGGGUCGGGCGGAGCGCCGGGCGUGCCCGCUGUGAGAGCGCACCCGGGCGGCGGACUCGUAGUACAGUGGGACGAGUCGGAAGCUGUGCACCUGGAAUACUGCCGCGUCGGCGAGGGCGAAUGGAGGCGGGCGACAGAAACCCCGGCGGUGGCGAAUACUCUGGCGUUGGAAGAGCUACCCGCGGGCACGUAUAGCUUCCGAGUGGUGAGCGCCCGGAGUGGUGCCGCGGGUGCGGCGUCGGGCCCCGCUACGUGCGGCGGCGGCGGCAGUUGGCAACGUGAACAGUUCGCGCGCCGGUAUACCCUGGAGGAAGAGAUCGGCCGCGGCAGGACCGCGCGCGUUCUCGCCGCCCGGGACACCGGAACAGGGCAGCGCGUCGCACUCAAACAGGUGGCGGGCGGGCGCGGCGCGGACGCGGCCCGCGAGUACCGCAUCCUGUCGGGCGGCGCGCACGGCGGCGUGGUGCGCGCGCUGGCGCUGUUCGCGGAGGUGCCGCGCGCGGGCGCGCACACGCUGGUGCUGGAGCUGGUGGGCGGCGGGCCGCUGCUGGAGUGGGCGGCCGCCGCGCCCGCGCUCUACACGCAGCGCGCCGUGGCCGCGCACGCGCGACAGCUGCUGUCCGCGCUCGACUGGCUGCACUGCAACAACGUGGCCCACCUCGACGUGCGCCCCGAAAAUAUCUUGGUGGAGUUGGGCGGUUCUCAGCCACAGCUGAAGCUGGUGGACCUGGGCUCGGCCGUGGAGCUGGAAGGUUCGGGAAUGGGGACUGCGGAGGGCGCGACGGUGCUGCCCCCUGCGCCUGCGCAGCUUGAGUUUGCGCCUCCUGAGUGUGUACUGGGCAGGCCACCAGCCCCUGCGUGGGACGCAUGGGCCACCGGCGUUUUCCUCUACGUCUUCCUCACUGGGCUUUCACCAUUCCUGGACGAAUCGAUAGAGGAGACGACGGCGAACAUCAUCAAGUGCGACUACUGCUUCCCGCCGGAGCACUGGUCAGGCGUGGACGAACGCGCACAGAGUAUCAUACGCCGUCUGCUAGAGCCCGCUCCUGCGCGACGCCUCUCACCGAGAGACGCAUUGCGAGAUUCCUGGUUCGACGAGGCGAGCAACGCAACGCUAUCGGCUACUCAGCUGAAGACGUUCCUAGAGCGACGAAGGCCUUCGGGACUUGGCAACGCGUUACAUUCAUUGCGGUCUCCGAACGACACCUGACGCGGGUCCUUUGUCGACCAAGCAUAGGGGGCAUCUCAUAUUGCGAGUAAUUCCGACAUCUAGACGCUGUGUAGGCAGCUGCACAAAGACUCGACCAGAUUAGCUUCAGGAGAACCUCUCAAUACAUCUGAAGCGUAGCGUGCGGCUAACUAUUCGCUUGCACAAACUUGAUUGUAUAAGUUACUAACGCCGACGUAUAAACUAUGGAACAUCUUGAACACACAUGUAAAUUAAUUUGUACAUGGUGACUUUUUUGUGUUAUAAUGGCGACCCAAAAUCAUACAUCCAAUGUAAACUAACGAAAUAAAGAAAAAUUAACCUAUAGCGAAUGCCCCAUGAAGUCAUAAUAUUAUAAUAUUCGAUCUAUACUUUCAAAACUCAAUUAUUUUUAUUAAUUCAACACAUUUAUAGACAUCCGAGGGAUUCGUUCAAUUUUAUGUAAUCAGGAGAAUGUCUUCGUAAGACUAAAAACAUCCAUAUAUGUUUUAACUCCACUUUUAAAGAUAUAAAGUAUACAGACGUCUAUUAAAAAACAAAUAAGUUUUACAGUUUCAAAAUCUAAUGAAGUUAUAAUUUCAACUAUACGAAAUGGUCGAAUGGUCACAUACGACAAGCAAGUUUAGUUGGCCAUCAAUUUGAAGUUAGUAUACGUUCAAAUUCGAUGUGUAAACUUGUUCGAAUUUGUCAGUAAUUUACGUUAGCUUGAAGUCUUUAGCCAAUUGAACGGUGACUGCUUCGCGACCUAUUCUUAGGCUCAUCGUUAGGUUAUUUUAGACUAUAGUUUUAUUAGCAUUCGUAUUAUAGUCAUUUGUGCCCACCUAUGUAUCUGUUUCGUUGAUAUAUGCGAGUUUUUGGACAUGCAACUCGACUAGUAUAAAAAUUAUUAGUCUAUUAGUCUUUUUAUGACAGAUUAGGGAAACUUAUUGUACUCAUUCUUUUAUUAUUUUUUUCCUAAUAAAGUCAUCACUCCCUGUUAUGCGACUCACUGGGUCAGCCUGAAGUUAAUUUUGGAGACGUUCGCGCAUGUACAGUGUCCUAUGUUUGCGCAGCGACUCGUGACUUACUUCAGUCUGGCUAGCUGAAAUCAGGCAUACUUUAUACUUGGAAAGUGUAACUUCUGACAUAUGAGGUAAAAGCUUGUGAUCUAUUUUUAGGAGGAUGAACUAUUUUUAGAUUUUGUCAGUAUUUCUAUAUGCAUUAUCAAAAUGUCAUAUCUAUUAAGAGUUAAACUUAUUUAAAGUUUUCGAUAAUUGUUAAUGAACUUAAAAACGUCUUGAAAGGUUUAUUAAGAAAGUGAUAAACAAAUAGCGAGUCGGUAAAGUUGUAAAGUAUGGUUUUAGUUCUGAAAGAAAUUUUAUUUCUCUCGCAAGAAGUUUCUCUAAUUGUUUGAUGUAUUAGCUUUGUGUUACUGCAGCUUAACAACGGAUUAUUGUCGACCGUAGUUAGUUACUCAGCAUACCGCUACCAAACAUCGCUCAAACGUGUAAUUUAUAUGAAAAAGUCAACAAAACAUUUGGACCGAGUUGUAAGAGAACACUGGCAAUUAAAUGUAUAAGUCCGUAAAGGGGCCGAUUGUAAGGAAAGUGUCUGUGAUUUUGCUUAAAAUAAUGUUUCAUGCUUAUUCCUAAUUUAAAGUAUGUAUCUUUUAAAAAUACUAUUAAAAUGUAUAAUAUAGACCUAAGGUUUAGUAAGCGUAUAGUUUUAUCUUAAUUUGUGACCAAAUUGCAAAAUUUAGAUAUAUAAGUGAAAUGUAACGUGAAAUAUUGACAUAAGUAUCCCAUAGCUCAUAGUUCAUAGUUAGUUUUAUCAAUCACAGCCUUAUAAAGCCACACGCAUGUAUGCGUUAACGUAUAGUUGGUAUUAAUCUACCAGUGCUACUGUCUGUACAAUUGACAGGGAACAAUCAAAUGAUAUAUUUAUUUAUGUAUGUUUGACUAAACUGACAAGGUCAAAGUCAAAGUCAGAAAUGGCUUCAUUCAAAUAGGCAUAUAGAAGCCACUUCUUAUCCUAUGUAAUUUAUUAAGCAAGUUAUUAACAUCUUAUAGAUAUUUUAAUAGAAUUUCGUAACAAAAAAGCGGUCAUAAAAUCUUUCUUUAAAAUCACACUUGUUUAGGAAAUUGGACAGCUUGAUUUUAUUCUUUUAACACUAUAAUUAAUAAAUUGAAUAUUUUCGUUCUAUUACUUAGUAUAAAGAACACAUAUCUACUAUAUAGUAAAUGAAAAGUAUACAUAUUAUAAUAACAACCAUCUUAUUUUCGCCAAAGUGUUUUUAACUAUAUCGACGAUACAUGCUAUUCAUAUUGCGCCCAACACAACAUCGAAGUCGUGUUUCCAAAUGGAAUCAUUACACUUUAUUCAUAAUUUCACAAACCUCUUAAUUAUCUUUAAAGCACCUUAUUCUACUUUGUUUUACUUAAACUAUAUAAACUGUUUUCUCAAUAAACACUUGCCUAUUAUUAUUUAUAAUUUGGCGAAAAUAAAAGAAAUAUUCAGUCGCUAAGUCCUUCCUAAAGGAAACUGGCUGACUUUAUUCUUCGUUUCUUCUAUAUAAAAUUCUCAUUCUACGAGUUGGUAUGGGAUUGACCACGUUUAUCGGUGCUACUUUGCUUGCGCGCUGUGGCUCUCAAUGAUUAUAUGAAGAAGUUUUCAAUUUUUUAUACAUAUGGCAAUACUCUACAGUAAUAUAAACGUUUAUAACAUACAUUAUGCUAGAAUCCUUUGUAGAUUUAGGUUUGAGGAUUCAAGCUAUCUCUGCUAAAUUUCAUCCAAACAACAAGCUUUCAUAGCACUGAUAGUUAUACUCAAAUACGUUUCAUAUGCAUAUUUCAACGAUCACGUAUGAUAUUCGUGAUUGCUUGUGAUGUACAUGGAAAACGGUGUACGUACUAGCUAGCAACACCUUGGAGAUGGUUUGUUGUGAUUCUACGUUGUCUAAUUCCCUACUAUAAAGUCCAAAUAACUCGAAAGCAUUGUCCGUUUAAAGUAGCAUAGUAAUCUCUUUCGGUUGUAUAGACUGUUCGCUGGAAAGUUCAGUGUAGUGCUACUUGCGCAAAAUGGCUUGCUGAACGAAAUAUUUUUUUUAUAACUUAGUAAAUAUGUACCCGAAUGUAAGUCGUAACACGAACUUCGUGAAGUAUUAACUCGUAAUUUGUUUAUCUCAGCUACAUUCUUGUAUUUUUUUUAUCGACAGUACUGUGAUCUAUGUGUGAAAUAUUUAAUUAUAUCUAUCAAUUUAUACAAUCAUUAUUAUAUUGUAUUUUAAAUGGUUAUUUUACUGUACGAAUAUUAUUGUACUAAUAAAAGUAAGGCUAAAUUUCAGUUGUGACUGUAAUUCAUUGAAAGCGGACUAAAUAUUUGCGUUGUGAAAUACAUUGUUAUUAGCAAAGCACCACUAUAGUCGAUAUUGUAUUACAUUCGGUUACAGAUGUAGGAAAUGGGCAGUAAUUUGCAUGUAAAUAUGCCUAGUUGUUAAAAGAGCACAAUACUAUACGGGAUGACGUUUUGAGAUGAACUUUAAAUGGUUUCUAUCCUAACCGUUAUAAAUUUGAAAAUCUGUUUCUGUUGAAGAAAUGUAUUAAAACUACGUUUAAGGUUUUUGUUGCAGAUUAGUUUGAAUAAAGAUAAAAACUAAAGCAACGUGACUAAAAGUUCUGUGCAAGCAAGAGUUUUGGCAAGACUAUUUUUUUCGCAAUACUUUCCUACUUUUUUUUAGUACAACGCAAAACAGAAUGAAUUUCCAAGAUCAAAUUUUGCUAUCAUUAACGAUUGGGAUAGCUGAGUUGUCACUCUUAGAAACGCAUCCUUUAUAAUCAGCGGUGGAGUAACCUAGACCAAAUGUAUUAUUACAUAAUACAAUUUCAAAAAAUUCAGGUAACCUUCUGCUCCUAAAUGUUGCGUUAUCGAAAAUAUCGAAUUCGUUUUCUCCAUUGCCUAUCGAAUUCGUUUUCUCCAUUGCCUAUCACACAUGUACGCAUUUAUAUGCGGUAACUGGUUACGCACCGCUCUUCGGUAGCGAUAACAUCCACGUGAAAUUUUCAGCAUCUUUGCAAAAAUAUAUUGCGACACGUGAUAUAUCAUAUAACAUUUAGUCAAGGUGCCACUUCAGUAGCACGCCCGUCAUCUGCUAGCGACACUUACUAUAAAAAUGUAUUAGAACUGAUGUAAGUUUGAAUUAUAGUAUAAUAAAU